GUAUUCACUGAAUUAAUAGAAAAGUCUUGUUCCCCUCACGUGGCACAAAUCCAUGUCACCUAAAAUAUUUUUGUUGUUUUCAAAAUUCACGAUGUGAAUUUUUGCUUAUAAAUAUACUCAGCAGGUUUCUAUUAUUAAUUAGGUGUAUAAGGUCAAGUUAACCUAAAAAUGGCAGAGAGUCAAAAACAACCGGAAGAAACAACGAAACCAAUAUUUCGUAAUCUAACAGCUGAUGAUCCGGAACCAGAAACGACUCUAAUAGAGAGUCUCUGCAUGAAUUGUGGAAAAAAUGGCACCACCAGAUUACUCCUAACAAGAAUUCCACACUACAAAGAUGUUGUGGUAAUGUCCUUUGAUUGCGAGCAUUGUGGCUACCAAAAUAAUGAGAUACAGAACAGUGGAAAAAUUGCAGACAAAGGAAUUAGAAUAACACUGCAAGUUAAAACACCCAGAGAUUUGAAUCGACAGGUCAUUAAAUCUGAUUACACCAGAGUACAAAUUCCAUCUUUGGACUUUGAAAUUCCCUCUAGAUCACAAAAAGGGGAGAUUACAACAAUUGAAGGUAUAAUAGAAAGAGCCAUCAAUGGAUUAGAGCAAGAUCAACCAGAAAGAAGAGAAAAAUAUCCAAGCUCUGCUGCUCAAAUUGAUCAAUUUCUUGAGAAAAUGAGGAAGCUUAAAUCUUUGGAUGAACCUUUCACUAUAAUAUUUGAAGACAUAUCAGGAGAAUUUCAUAUAGAAAAUCCAAGUAUACCACUGAAAGAUGAGGGAUGCAUUGUAACAAGAUUUAAGAGAACAACAGAGCAAGAUCAUAUUUUAGGGAUUUAUACUGAAAAUUCAAAUGAUGUAUUAUUGAAACCUAUAGAGGAAGGAGAAUUUCCAUUGGAGGAAAUUGAAAGCGAAGUUCUUUCUUUCCAAACAAAUUGUCCAGAAUGUAACUGUCCAUGUGAAACUAACAUGAAGAUGACCAAUAUUCCUUACUUUAAGGAAGUGGUAAUUAUGGCAACAGUUUGUGAAUCUUGUGGCCACAAAACAAACGAAGUUAAAAGCGGCGGAGGCAUCGAACCGGAAGGAGUUAAAAUAGAAGUAACCGUCGUAGGAAAAGAGGAUUUUAGCCGCGAUCUAUUGAAAUCUGAGACUUGUCAUAUGCAAGUACCUGAACUGGAACUAGAAGUUGGCCCUGCUACUUUAGGUGGAAGAUUUACUACCAUAGAAGGCAUUUUAAUGGCAAUUAAAGAUCAAUUGUCAACAUCAACAGCUUUUACUGGCGACAGUACAUUACCUGAAACUGUUAACAAAAUGGAUACUUUAAUAUCUAAUCUGAACAAGGUAUUGGAAGGAAAUCUAAAAAUAACUUUGAUAUUAGAUGAUCCAGCAGGCAACAGCUAUAUACAGAGUCUCUCAGAUGAUGGGCUUGACAGUGGUCUAAAGAUCACCAAAUAUAAAAGGACUUUUGAACAAAACGAAGAACUUGGAUUAAAUGAUAUGAAAGUUGAAAACUACUAAUCAUUCAUCCAUAGAUACAUCCUUAUCAACAAUGUCAAUACAAUGUAUUAUAUCUGUACGCGGAGAAUGUAUUAUAAAUGUACACUGUGUUGUAAAUACAAAUUUUGCAAUCUUGUUGCAAAAUUUUUUAUUAAAAUUUGGA